AACGUAAAAUGCCACAGAAGUUCUCUGGUGAACCAAUUUUUUGAUGCAGAAAGCAGUACGGGUGACAAUCGACAAAAGGAUACUCUUGAAGAUAAAAUUGAUCAAAGUCAAAAAGAAAUAGAGGAUGCAAGACAUUUUGGAAUUGAAAAAAAAUGGUGACGAAAAUGAAUUGAAGAUAGGGAAACGAGUUCAAGAACAAACCAAUUUGUUCCAAUUAGAUCUACUGCUUUUCUACCUUCCUUCCACUUGCUUCAGCUUCCAUGGCCUUCCUGGAUCUCUAUUCCGUUUCCUUUUAGUGUUCAGUAUCCAGAUUUCAAUACUGAGAUCCCAAGAAGUUUCAUGCAAUUCAAAUGACUUGAUGGCCUUAAAGGGUUUCUCAAGUUGUUUAGAAUCAAACAUUACUAGUUGGAAUAUCUCUAGCUCUGAUUGUUGCACUUGGACUGGUGUGACCUGUGACAAUUCAACAGUUACAAGCAAAAGGGUAAUCAGUUUAGAACUCGGUGGUGAAAAGCUUACUGGGACAAUCUGUGAGUCCCUGGCAAGUUUGGAUCAACUGAGAAUCCUGAACCUUUCUCAUGAUUCUCUACGUGGCUCCCUUACCACCAAGCUGUUCCAAAUGCAGAACCUGAAGGUCCUUAACUUAAGCGGCAAUUAUUUUGUUGGUCCAAUCCCAGCAAACACUGAUUUACCAUCAAUUCUGAACCUUAACAUUUCCAAGAACAGCUUUUCAGGCACCGUGGAUGGAAAUCUCUGCAAUUUCUUCCCCCAUAUCAAGCAUCUUGAUUUCUCCUAUAACCGCUUCCCCGGGGAAGUUCCGGCAGCACUGGGAAAUUGUACUUCUCUGCAGCAUCUCUUUCUUAAUCGGAACAAUUUCACAAGCAAUUUGCCAAAGAGUUUAUUUCAGCUGCAGCAUCUCAACGAGUUGUCCCUGAUGUAUUUUUGGGAGGCUUGUCUGAGGGGUCCAAUUAAUGUCAACUGUUCUGCAAUGGCUAGGCUCAUUUCUCUCCAUCUUGGUUUAAAUAACUUGCACGGUCCAAUCCCAGAGAGUCUGUCCUCUUGCCCCAGUCUCUCUGUCCUGAAUCUCGGCCACAACAACCUUACUGCCCUUCAGAUACUGCAAAACUGCAGAAACCUUACCAUACUACUACUUUCUGAGAAUUUCCAAGGGGAAGAAAUGCCUGACAAUGUGAAUUUGCAGUUCAGAAACCUCAGUUCUUUGGAUGUGUCGACGAAUCAUUUGGGUGGAAACAUUCCCCCGUGGUUCAACAAGUUCAGUUAUCUGUUUUACGUGGAUUUAUCAAACAAUUCUUUCAGUGGCAAGAUACCGGAAGGCUUACCUGAUCUUCGGGGACUCAUUGACAUGAACAUCUCCUUGGAAGUUCCUUCAGCUUCCCAUUCUACAGAACUGGGACAGACGGUGCAACAUCGAAGAGAAAUACCUACAGGAGGUCAGGUUAUGACCUUUCCAUCUUCAAGCUUUGAGGGGAACAAGGGCCUCUGUGGCAGAAGUUUAACUCCAUGUCAGCCAGCGCGAGGCCCUCUCAUGCACCCUCAACAGGAUGAGCAGAUGACAGUAUUCGGUUUGCAAUUUGGCUUUGGAGCUGUGACCGGUUUUGUUCUCACGGUUGCCCACUGCUUCAUGUCAGGCUGGGUAUUUCCAAAAGAAUCUUAAAGGGAUGGGAGUUGAAGCUGAGCCCUACUGCUACAAGCAUAAAACCAGCUUUUUUGU